CCGCCCGCCGUGAGAGCGCGCGGGCCACCGUAACCACGGUCACGGCUUCAAGAGGUGGUGGGUGGAGAGGAAGUUCCUCGCCUCCCGGAGCGCGGGGAUGUGAACCUGUACGCGUUAGCACCGGGGGAGCACGUCGCAAGCGGGCGGCGCUUGCAUGCGUGCGCGAUGUCCACCGGGGAGAUGGAGGAGCCGGCGGACGAGCAGAUCAGCCUGUCGACGGGGAAGCAGCUGUCGGACCUGCUGCGCGAGCUGAGUGCCUUGUGGCUGCGCGGUUCCUUCUGCGACGCCGUCGUGGAGGUGCAGAGCCGGCGCUACCUCGCGCACAAGGCCGUGCUGAGCAGCACCUGCACCUACUUCCGCGGCAUCUUCCUUGACACGCCCUGCAGCAACAUGGGGCCCUUCGUGGUGGACUUCCUCACGGAGAAGACCUUCGACCAGGUCCUAGACUUCGUCUACAAGGGCAAUGUGAGUGUCGGACGGGAGGACCUCCGCGAGCUGCUCAAAGCUGCCCAGAGCUUGGGCAUCGAGUGCCUGGAGGAGGUGUGCCGAGUGUUCGUCACGGACGACGUGGAAGACUGCUUUCCGGACAAGGACACUGAUGCAACGUACAUCUCGGAGAGUGGGCAGUACGACUGCGUCGAGGAAGGCGAAGACACCCCGGGGUGCAGCUACAACUCCUUCGGGCAGUGCAACGGGGAGGACAGCAAGAGCCCCCCGCCUGCCAAGCAGGCCACGCAGUCCUCGAGCGAGGAGGACCUGCCCCAGUUUGUGGCGCUCGACAAGGAGAUCACGAGCAAUACGGAACCAUUCCCGGACCUCUGCCUGGUGAAGACGGAGAUGCCGGACGGCGGCCAGCAGUGCUCGUUCGCGCUGUCCGACGAGAACACUCCGCAGUCCGAGUUGCAGCUCGAUGACCAGAGCCUGGAGAUCCUGCAGAGCGGACAGAGCUCCAACAACUUCCUGCGCGCCAUGGAGAAGACUCUGAACAUGAUCCCGCUGGCCGGCAGUACGCAGCAGCAGCAGCAGCAGUGCGACCUCCUCAACGGUAACGCAGCACCAACCACCACCGCGCUGGUCUCAAACGGGCAGCUGCGGUGCCAGGCGUGCGGCGAGCACGUCGAGGAGAGCGUGUCGUGCCUGCGCGAGCACUCAUGCGGGCACCUCGACAUGGAGACGCUGGCGUGCCGCGUGUGCGGCGCCAUGUUCAGCCACAUCAGCGUGGCGGUGGAGCACACGCUGGCGCACACAGGCGUGGCGCUGUCCGCCUGCAAGCACUGCGGCAAAAAGUUCCUGUCGGAGAAGAGCCUCGCGCUGCACUACAAAAGUCACUGCCGCCGCCGCAGGCCGCAAAUCAAAGGCGGGCGACUGUCGUGGCAUCCAGACCCCGAUGCGCAGGAGUCUACGGAGAGCGCGCCAUGCCAGGUGUGCGGCGUGGCCGUGCAGAAGAAGAUGGCUGCGUUGUGGAACCACGCGCGAUUGCACGUGGAUUCGGAGCUCCUGUCGUGUCGCGUGUGCGGCCUGCAAUCGACGCGGCGCAACCUCGUCAAGCACGGCCUCAUCCACCUGGGCGUUUUCCUCUUCACGUGCGACGCCUGCCGCAAGCGCUUUCUCUUCCGCAACCAGCUGCUUCGCCACCAGAAGGAGCGCUGUCGUGGACAGGGAGAACCGCCCCUGCCCGGCAUGCUCUCACCCUCCGCGCAAUUGCCGCUCGACGCCGCCUGUGUUUAACGGCGCGCGAUGCACGAGGUCGCCUUUACGGACAGUCGUUGCCGGCAACCCCAUCACCGGCAAUCGCGGUAAACCGUGAGCGCCCGUGGCACCUCGGUCGGAAAUGACAAUAAUCUGCCCACUCGGCCAUCGCUUCGUGGAGUCCACUGUUACAAUCGCCCAGUACAAAACGGGACAACGUAAGCUUUGCGUAGCGGAAAAUCUGUCGCAAGGCCAUCUCAUUCAUUCUCAUUGCACUGAUGUACUGACAUGAAGCCGCCAGCUCUCAAAUGGGUAGGGCUUGCGGCCAGGCAGCCUCUUGAUUUAUGCAACCCGAUUGGAAGUUGCUGUCCCAGUUGCUCACUCGCAGCAGCUGUGGUCAGACUUGUUCAGAUCGUGGGCAACGACAUUUUUACAAUAUGAAAUGCCGCGAAAACUAACACCGGUGACAAUUGCCAACGAUGAUUGGCAUAAAAUUGCCCAAGUGGAUGAUAGCAUUGAGUGGACAACAUGAACUGGGGCAUGAUUUAGGCUCAACCGUUGCUGGCAUUGCAUUUAUCACAAGCAACAACGAGACGCUUGUUGGAACAGUGCUUGGUCUACAAAGCACACAAUUUUUGGUGGUCACGUUACCUCUGUGAUCUGAUUUGAAGUCAUUCUCCUAGUUUCCCACUAGGGGGAACAGUGUUUUUUUUUAUAAUUGGGCAACUAAUCUUUUUUUUCCCCAACAUAAAAUGGUGCAGAAACUAUUACCAGCGAGGGUUGCCAGCAACGAUUGCCCUAAAAUUGCCGCAGUAUACAAUGACCAUUCGGGAUCCGACCCUAAUCGACCCUGCGCGUUGCUCCUCUGACGGCUCACCAACCAUAAUCUACAGACCCUGAACCCACCCGUUUGACACUUCGACCGUGGCGGCUGUCGGAUGGCGAUUUGCAAUAAACGACAGCAGCACUGCUUCUCCCCGUGUGGCUCUUCAAUCGUAGAAGUAGAUUUUUCCAAGACAGCCUUUGGAGUGACUGGAAUUUCACAAAAAAUGUAUUAUAUUUGGCUUGUUAAUUUUUCUCUGAUUGGCAAUAGCUGGUUGGUGCGAUCAUUGCACAUUAGCACUGUUGUGUUAGAUGCUUGGAAAUAUGGGUGGUUUUGAUUUUUAAUACACAUUGUAUUUAUACGGGAUAUUACGCAAGGUUGCGCAAUGUUUAUUUAAUGCGUUGGUUACAAUUUUCUCUUGUUUUUCGCUAUCGUCUGAUUUUUGAGCACGAAAAGUGAUUGUAGUGUGACGGACGAUCAUCCACGGCAGAAACAGGGUAUCACCACCGCUUUUCAGGCAAUGGUUCACCCUGCAGCUCAUUGUUUUAUAUUAACCAUGGAGUACCAACUCUUUGUAGGGGCAAGACAUGUUUAUAAUGAGAAAUUACCCCUCCCAAGCCCAUAAAAUUAACUCUCAUUGGUUUGUCUCAUUGGUUUGUUAUGAGUAAGAAUAUAAUAUGAAGCCAAAUGUUCACAACCAUUGUGUUAAGCUUCAGAGAAUCUAAGAGUUGAUGCAACACCCAAUGUUGUUAGCCACUGGGUGCUUCCAGGGUAUAAAUGUUUAGCGUGCGUCUCUUAACAGUUACGUGUUAACUUGUUUAAUUUAUAUGUGUAUAUAUUGUGUGUGGAUGAAUGCAGAACAUGUACAAGAAUGUAAGAGUGGCUGACGUGAAAUGUUGGGCUUCUAUGGUUCCGCGCGUAAGUGAGAUGUGCAUUUCUAUACGAGACGGUCACUGUGGUUUCAAUAUGAAUCGGAACAGGUAUGAAGGACACUGCAUUAUUGCAAUUUUCCUGUUCUUGGCUAGAGUCCAACGUGUGGCAAAAAUCGACGCGAAGGGAUCAUUGCUGUCGCUACGCCCAUGCUUAAUGGACUUGAACAAUACAUAGGUGCUAGAGCAUAGGAUAUAUAAACACAAGACAAACCUCAGUCGAUCAGUUGCCAAAUGAACUGGACCGCUAUGAUCGCACAGAAUGUCAUAACACAACGUUAAUUUGCAGGGGCUAAAGACUAGAUUUAGGCAGCUUGUGACCACUCAAAUUAAAAUGGCACCUACAUUCUGUGGAGCAGUUUGUCGAUGACCAAUCAAUUUACAUGAAAAUUCAGCAACUCGCGCAUAGCAUGUACCGUAUUGUGGUGGGGGGCUCCCGAAGUUAGAAUUGAUAAAUACUGCUCGGCGGCCUGAGUCCCGGCGACAGCAAACAUCGGUGGCGAGUGAUAUCUGAACUGGUCCUGGGCUCCCACACCUCAACCCCUUCUCCAUCCAGCACAAACACACCACUGUGGCGAAGUUUGGUCAAACAACCUCCACGAUUGACAUGGGGUGGUAAGACCCUCAUCCAUCUGCAGAUUGACAAAGGGCUGUUGUUAAAGUAAUUAAUGUAGAUUUAUUGUAGACAUGCACUGCUUUAUUUUGGCUUCUGUACCAGAAGCUCGCUCAGUUUUAUCAGUUAAGUGAAUUGCGAGCUCCUCAUUUCAGCAGUUUUCAGUGAUAACGUUCGCUAAUGUUGUGACGUGGAGUAUAUUUCUUUGUGCAUGCAUGUAUUUGUUUCCCCCGUGGGACACGAGUUACAACGUCAGGAGCAGCAUUGCAUGUGUCGCCCAGCACUAAGCAUUGGAACUUUGGUCCAUUCUCAUUCCAUCAACCUGGUUUUGUAGUUGAACUCCACCUGAUUGUGUGCCAGGCUAAGACAGGUGUAUCGAUGAUGAAUUGCUAAACCGAACACUUAAUGCGUGUUCAAGGGAAAUGUGGAUUCGAUCGAUUUGAAUAAUAUUUUUCCACAAUAGAAUGACUGUCAGCGUACAUUUUAACGUGUUUUGACUUUCAAAGCGGAGCAUUGUAUUCCGGUCGCUGUGCAAAUUGUGAUUAUGUAACAAAUAUUUCAAAUUGUUUUAAUUUAAUGGAUUUCACAAAGCUUUGUCCAUUGCGUUGUAUUCGAACUUGUUAUAGUGUUAUUUUUCAUCUUCUGAAGCACUGGUGGAUGCAUUCACUGUUUAUACCAUUGUUUUAAACAUGUAUUUUGUCUUUUGAAAACUGUUAUGGGUACACUUAUUGAAAUAAUAUAUAUGUGUGUUUGUAUGUAUGUAACAAAAAUAUAUUUUUGACAAUGCGUGACAUACGUUUUAAAUUAUAAUAUUGAAGUGAAAGAAACUUACACAAGCAACGUUUUAUGUCAACUAGAACUGGACGAUUCUCAUAAUUCCUAUCCUGGAAUCGGGUUUUUUUAAUCUAAAGAACCUCAGAUCAGAUUCCUACGGAAUUGUGGGACCAAUGGAAUUGUUGAGUCGUGUUGUGCAGAGCCUUGGCUUGGCUGGCCUCAUGGCUCACCAUUGAAACUUACGGCUGAUACCUUGUAAUAUGUUUCAAUGGUGAUACCAGCCUUGGCUAAGCUAAGCAUAGCCAAAUCUUAGCCUAGCUAGAUUUGCAGUAGGAUCCCUUUCAAUUUGAACGAUUCUUCCAUUGCAGAAUCAAUCCCUGUUCGAAUCCCAUUCAACAUUUUACGGAGAUUUUGUUUUUUCAUGGGAAGCUCGCAUUACACAAUCACUUCCUGUCAGAAUCGUCCAUGGGUGAAAUCAUAGGAAUAGUUUAUGAUUGCUCCAGAACCGCUCAGUUCUAAUGUUGACGUAAAUGUAAAUGAAGUUAAGUACAUGCGUAGCAUACGUUUAUGGAAUACUGUAUUGUAUUUAAAACGGAGUGUUGUUUCUGACCAAACGAGUUUUUUUUAAGUCUAUAGGCAUAGCUGUGGGAUACUUGCAUAAAUCAGCGACAUUUGACAAAAAAAAACCGGUAUUCAGUACUUGAUGUAUAAAGUUGAGUUGCAGAGCAACUGAGAAGCGUUAAGUUAAUUUACGAGUUCAUUCGUAUUUACUUGCAGUGUUGUGGUCGAGCGGUCUCCAUUAUCGCUAUUUAUAAAUUUACCCAAAGCACACACGUUGAUGCCUAUAAACAGCGAACACGAGAACGCUUGACACGAGAGAAAUUGUUGCACUGCAAAAUGUACAAAAUGCCCUUGUGUUAAAAUUGUUAUUGAUGCACAAGCGCAUUGGUCUGUGGUGUUUUUUUAAAUAUAUAUAACGCAUACAAUUUGGUUGUUGUGGUUUUGUCUGUACCGUCGAAUAUAACGAAUAAUGGUGGCAUUUAUUGUAAAUCCUCCAUUUAUGGGAACACAAGAGGGCGUUUGGCAUUGACAUCUCGUCCACACACUGCGGCUGUUGUAUAUAACCAAUGUCCACAAAUACAACCAUUCUCAAACCUGUGAAAACCAUAGCAAGAAAAUUUGUAAAAAGUGGUGUUUUUUUUUUACGUUAGCACCACGGAAAGCGAUUUGGCAGUUAUUCAGAUGGACGAGUCCAUCUAUGUUUGGAAAAAAUGAGGGGGGGGAGACGAAAAUAAUGGAUGUGGUCUGAAAGCCACCAUAAGCGUGACUUUACCGAAAUAACCAAGAAUAUACAUUCUCAAACCAUGCACAAUGACAUCUGUGUUAACGUUUUCCAGAAAAGAAAUAUUUGUUGUGAUUAAGAAACUGUGGUAUUCAUAAUAAAACUGGAUUUUUUUGGACUCUA